UUGAUAUGUUAUAUGGAUAUGUCAGGUUUGGUGGCAUUCAGAUCUGUGUUGAGUAGUUUAUGAUUCUUGUGCAAUAUGGCGUAAUUAUAUUAAAAUGCCUAAAUGCAUAUAAUAUAAUGAUCUCCAAUAAUAAAUAAGCUGUAUUACUGAUAAAUGAAUUUCUGCUACUACCGCUACUACUACUACUACUACUACUAAUAAUGCAUGAUAUAUUUGAGAUCUAGGAUCAUACGUUUGGACUGUAGAAGAGAUUAUUCUCGGUUCGUGAAGAUCCACAUGCUGCGCGCGUUCACGGCGCCCCUCAACGCGCGUUCACGGAGCGGGAAUGUGCGCGUGGGCCUGCAGAGGGAGCUGCGCGCGCUCCACUGAAGCGGCGCUGUUCGAGCAGGACAGUCCGGGGUCUCGCGCUCACAUACGAGGCCUACUUCCGUCCGCGCGCCGCUCUCGGAAAUUCAUUUUGUUUCACAGAACAGUCACCGGCUCUCCAACCGAGCGAGGCGAGAAGCCGCGUUUCAACGUUUUCUAACACGGCUUCAGUCAGUUCAAGGUGGAUUGACCUGCCAUGAACGAGCCGAUCGAAGGCGGUGCGAUCUCGUUCGACGAGUAUGUGCGACAAAAGGCUCGCACCAUACCCCAGCACCGCAUGAAGGAGUUCCUGGAGUCGCUGGCCACCAAAGGCCCUGAGAUCCUACAGGAGUUCAGCCAGCAGGCCAGCGGCACCACAACUACCAUGGUGUACCAACAGGGGGCCAACUGCAUCUACACCGACAGCACAGAAGUGGCAGGGUCGCUGCUGGAGCUGGCGUGCCCCGUUCAGGUGACUUCUACGCAGAUCUCGCCACAGCUGGCUGCAGCUGUCCAGCAGGCAUCCGAGCAGCAGAUUCAAGUCCAGGUGCAAAUACAAGGCGAGCAGGGUCAGGUGCUGCAGGUGGCUUCUCCUACCCAUCAGCAGCUGUCAGGGGUCACUACAGCACAGCUGGUGCAGCAGGGUGACCUGACCGAGGAACAACAGCAACAGAUCCAGGCACAGCUGGUAGCAGCCGUGGCCGGAGGUCAGCAAAUUCAGAUCCAGACAGUGGAAGCUCUUUCUCCAUCCCAGACGCAGCAGGGGUCGGACCGCGACGCAGAUCGUCGUGCUGGAGCGUCACCAGGUGUCCUGCAGCCAGCUAAGAAGCGCAAAGUAGACGUCCCUGCCGUAGUGUCUUACCAGCUAGCACAGGGCCAGCAGCUUGCCACCGUCCUGGCCAUUCCCCAGGGUCAGCAGCAGGGCUACGUGUCGCUGAGGCCAGAGCUCCUGACUGUAGACAGCGCUCACCUUUAUGGCACGGCCACAGCCGGUACCAUCACGGGUGCAUCGGGAGAGACCUGGACUAUCCCGGUGUACCAGCAGCAGCAGGGUGUGGCACACAUCGCCAUCCCACAGGAGGCCUACAGCACAGUGCAGGUGCAAGACAAAGAUAAAGACAAGAUGGCCCAGGUUGCAGGCGCGGUGGCGGUGCCUGUUUCGGGCUCACAGGAGGAGGUGGUGCACUCUCUUUUCCCGGCACAGUUAAUGAACGGAAACAUCCACAUUCCAGUGGCAGUCCAGGCAGUCGGGGGAGGCUACGCAAGCACCCAGGCGCUGCACAUCUGGGACCCGCAGCAACAGCAGCAGCACGUCCAGGAGGCAGAAACUCAGGAGCAACAGCUCCAUCUGCAGGCGGAGGCAGAGCCACAAGCCGAAGCUCCUCCUGAGCUGCUUCUUCCUACAGUACUAAAGCCAGACGAGGGCCUGGAGACCUGGAGGCUUUGGGUUCAACGCAAAAACGCAGAACUCGAUAAGAACGAACAGAACAAGUUGGCGCCGAUUGGCCGCCGCCAGCCUCUGCGUUUCCGAGAGGACCUGGUGUCUAGUUCAGUGGGAGAGCUCAACGUGGCUCUGUCUCUCAUGACCCAGGAGGCUCGCGGACUAGAAGGGGAGCCAUUCGAACCUGACGCGCUGUAUUACGUCUUCUUAUGCAUACAAAAAUACAUGUUUGAGAACGGCAGGGUGGACGACAUCUUUUCAGACCAGUACUACUCCCGUUUCUCCCAGUGCCUACACAAAGUCCUGGAGGAAUGGAGGCCCAGUGUUCAUCCGCUAGGUUAUAUCAUCCCUAGUCAUGUGACAGAGGAGAUGUUGUGGGAGUGUAAACAGCUGGGCGCUCAUUCUCCAUCUACUUUACUCACUACACUAAUGUACUUCAACACCAAGUAUUUCCACCUGACCACAGUGGAGCAGCACAUGAAGGUGGCCUUCUCGAAAGUGCUCCGGCACACCAAGAAGAACCCGACCAACCCAAAAGACAAGAGCACCAGCAUCCGCUACCUGAAAGGAGUUGGCUCUCACCAUGUCGGUCAGAAAGUGACAGAUGAUAUGUAUGCAGAGCAAGCUGAAGAUCCAGAGAAUCCACUUCGCUGCCCCAUCAAGCUCUAUGACUUUUACCUCUUUAAAUGUCCUCAGACUGCCAAAGGCCGGAAUGACACGUAUUACCUGACGCCAGAGCCUGUCGUAGCCCCAAACAGCCCUAUAUGGUACUCGACCCAGCCGAUCACGAGCGAGCAGCUGGAGCAGAUGCUGACGCGCAUCAUGGUGGUGCGGGAAAUCCAAGAAAUUAUCUCCAUCACACAAGCCAACAUCCAGUGAAAGAUGGAGGAAGAAGGAGAAAGAGAGAGAAAAUGAGAGAUACAAUGAACAAAUGGUUUCCACCUCCAAGCUCCUCCGUCCUCACAGCCAGCCUCAGUCACUCAUAAACCCGAAAGGAGGAAACGUAGCCGUCGGCGCGUCCCCUCGUGCUCUUUAUUUACACGACCUGAAGCACGCACCAGUGGUGGCACGCGGGCAGAGGAGGCAACGAUCCCUACGUGUCCUCACGCACUAGAAAUCAGUUUGAGUAGGAUUCAAAACAGUUACUAACCAGGCCAAGGAAAUUCGACACCCUGACGUUGAGUAGUCGCUAACGCUAAAAGAAAAUCAGAGUCAGUUUACUUCUAAACAAAAAGCAACAUCCUUUCUGUUGAGCUUGCUGUAGCUUGAUUUCAGUGUAUAAUUCUGAAGUGGUUCAGAGUUCAAAGAGCAUUAGCAUGAUCAUUGUGUGUGUGUGUGUGUGUGUGUGUGUGUGUGUGUAUACACACAAAGUCUGGAUCCAGAGGCAACAAUGUGUAUAAAUGUCAGAAUGUCAGCCUCUAACUUCGCAGCACUUGUGUAUACGGGAGCGUCGAACGUUUCUUAAUGUAGCAGAACUGAUGUUGUCAUGUGAUGCUGGCUCUGGUUAUAUUUGAUCUUUUAUUGUUUAUUUUGAUGCCAGCUUGGGUUUGAGGUAAAAGUACCAAAUUUAAUAUAAGGGUCAAAAAAGGCUUGUGGAUCCAGACUUUUGCACCAACUUUGUGUGUAUGGGGGGGGGGGUGGGGGAGGAACAAGCCUUGUAAACUGACUAAUGAAUCAUUUAUUUUUUAUUUACUUCCUUCAUAAAAAUUUAAUUUCAGGAGAUGCCUCCUCUGACCAGCUACCACUGGAGGACUGGACUAAAUCAAGCUUGCAAGCCUUUUUUUUUUUUUUUUUUUAAAUAAAGAUAUUACUCAAUCUGUUCAUAUGAUGCCUGUUGGCGCUACACACCUUUAACGUGCAGUUUCUCUUCGCUAGCUGUUGCUCUGUCGAUUAUGUACCCCCUUUCGUUUUAUACUCAUCAUCUAACGUCGUUUAUUUUCUCACUUAUCCUUGUACCCCACCUCCCAUUAAUUUGCUUGUUCUUUUUCCAUUGUAACCGGGAGAGGCGAGGAGUGUGUGUGUGCGGUUUAGACUGGAGUCAUCUCUGCAAGGGGUUAAAACACGGGUUCUUUUCCGGAACCCCUUACACACCCUUGACUUGGCAGUAGUGCGGUCAAGACACUUUAAAGAGUGUACUCUACACAGAAAGACUUUUUGGUCUUCAUUUUUUUUUUCUUCAUGUUUUGUUUUUAUUUUUUAUAUAUGCAUCUAUGGUAAUCUGAUAUGUAUUGAUAUUAUAGUGGUGCUGGAGACUGAGAAAAUUGAAGCCUGUGUUUUCAAACAUGCCUUUUGUACAGUGAGGUCCCUGUAA